AGCGUGUAGUCCUUGACGUUACGUCUUGCCUUGUGAAACUGUUGUUUAUGUCGUAAACAAAGCUAGUAAGACGAACGUAAAUAGCGUAAUUUGACGUUUUGAGACUGCCGUGCAAUGGCUACAGGCACUGUUCUUUUCUUAAGAAAAGGUUCUAAAAAGGGAAGUGACACCGAAGAAAGCAGUUCAGCAACAGAUAAUAACUCGUGGGAUGAUCGAGCACUGGUUGACGCAUUUGAAGAAGCUUCACUUGCAGCAAAAUACAGAAUAGCUGCUCGUAUGAUUGCACGUGGAGAACAACCUCUUGAAAAUGGCUUAGAUUUACCAGAACAACUUGAAAGUGGUGUUGGGCAAACUGUGGCAAGCAAAAAGUCAAAGAAAGGCAACAAAAGAAAGUGGGAAGUUGGAGCACCCUGUAGAGCAAUAUUCUCAGAGGAUGGGUGUGAAUACGAAGCCAUUAUACAAUCUGUAGACCAGAAGAAAGGAAAAUGUGUUGUGAAGUACAUAGGCUACGAUAAUGAAGAAGUAGUUCCAGUGGCAGCUUUACAGCCAUCACAAGGUUCCAUUGCAAGGCAGUACCAAAUACAGCAAGCACUGGAAAAUGUAGAGUCAGAUAAUAUUAUUGGAAGUGAUGAAGAUGGAGAACAUCAUAUUGAUUCGUUUGAAGAUGCGUCAUCAAAUGGGGCCUCCUGGAUUGGACAGUCUGAAUUUUACAACAGCAGGCAAGGACCAUUUCUGCAUCCUCAGAACCCAAUGAGUGUGCCAAUACCACCACCACCACCUCCGCAUAUAACAUCACGAUUCCCAGAAGAAGAUUCUGAAGCCCUAUCUGCAAUGCUGUUGUCCUGGUAUAUGAGUGGUUUUCAUACAGGAUACUAUCAAGGCCUGAGAGACGCUAAGAAGGGUAGACAUAAGCUAAGCCACCUUCGGAUGCAUUCAAGGAAGAAAUGAAACAAAGGGACUUAUAUUUUUAUACCAUAAGGAGCCAUGGACAUACAGAAAUUACUGUUUUGAACAAUAUUUUGCAAUGUUCUGCCAGAACUCAAUCUGAAGAGAUACAUAUACUUUUUUACAUUAAUUGUAAAGGACCUCAAUUUGUAACAUGACUUCCUUCAGAGAUUACAACUUUCCAU